AUGGAGGAAAAGAGAGGAGUUGUGAAUGGAAACGCUUCAAUCGCAGAGGUUAGGUACAGAGGGAUUCGUAGGAGGCCAUGGGGAAAGUUUGCAGCAGAGAUUCGUGACCCUACAAGAAAAGGGGCUCGAAUAUGGCUUGGAACAUUUGACACUGCUGAACAAGCUGCACGUGCUUACGAUGCUGCUGCUUUUCAUUUUCGGGGUCACAAGGCCAUACUCAACUUCCCUAAUGAGUAUGGUCACACCACUCCUAAUCCUAACACGUUUUCAUCUUCAUUGCCUCUUCGUUCUUCUUCUUUUCCUUCUUACUCCGGUGGCGAGGGUUCCUCACAACAACAACGAAAUGGUGAUGAAACUUUAGAAUUGGAAUAUUUGGACGAUAAGUUGUUGGAAGAACUCCUUCAGGCGCCUGAUGCAACAGGAAGCAACUCAAAUUAA